CAGCUGGAAACGUGUCUGCUGUCUUCACUGUUAGCUUACCAUCCAUACACUGAACACUGACUAGAAGAAUACUGCUGCACAGAUUCCACUGGGGAACCAGGCACAGGGAGGAUGGAACCUCUCGCAUUCCUACUACUACUAGCAGGACUAGUGGGAACACCUGCUGCUGUCUCAGCAGUAAACGAGACUUCACCGCGACUUGCCACGAACUCAACAGAAAUCAACGUGACCUCAACAUCACUUAACCCAACCUCGCCAACUGAUGUGACCUCAGCACGGUCCGCACCAACAACCCAAGUCAACGUGACUACAACGCCACUUGACACCACCUCACCACAAACCAACACAACUAUAACAUCACCUAAACCAACCUCGCCAACUGAAGUAACUUCAGCACCAUCAACAGCACAAGUCAACUUCACUUCAACACCACUUGCCACAACUUCACCACAAAUCAACAUGACCUCAACACCUCUCAACCCAACCUCGCCAACUGAUGUGACCUCAGCACAGUCCACACCAACAACACAAGUCAACAUGACUUCAACACCACUUGGCACCACCUCACCACAAAUCAACACAACUAUAACAUCACCUGACCCAACCUCGCCAACUGAAGUAACUUCAGCACCAUCAACAGCACAAGUCAACGUCACUUCAACGCCACUUGCCACAACUUCACCACAAAUCAACAUGACCUCAACACCUCUCAACCCAACCUCGACAACUGAUGUGACCUCAGCACAGUCCACACCAACAACACAAGUCAACAUGACUUCAACACCAGUUGGCACCACCUCACCACAAAUCAACACAACUAUAACAUCACCUAACCCAACCUCACCAACUGAAGUAACUUCAGCACCAUCAACAGCACAAGUCAACGUCACUUCAACGCCAUUUGCCACAACUUCACCACAAAUCAACAUGACCUCAACACCUCUCAACCCAACCUCGACAACUGAUGUGACCUCAGCACAGUCCACACCAACAACACAAGUCAACAUGACUUCAACACCAGUUGGCACCACCUCACCACAAAUCAACACAACUAUAACAUCACCUGACCCAACCUCACCAACUGAAGUAACUUCAGCACCAUCAACAGCACAAGUCAACGUCACUUCAACGCCACUUGCCACAACUUCACCACAAAUCAACAUGACCUCAUCACCUCUCAACCCAACCUCGCCAACUGAUGUGACCUCAGCACGGUCCACACCAACAACACAAGUCAACGUGACUUCAACACCACUUGGCACCACCUCACCACAAAUCAACACAACUAUAACAUCACCUGACCCAACCUCACCAACUGAAGUAACUUCAGCACCAUCAACAGCACGAGUCAACGUCACUUCAACGCCACUUGCCACAACUUCACCACAAAUCAACAUGACCUCAACACCUCUCAACCCAACCUCGCCAACUGAUGUGACCUCAGCACAGUCCACACCAACAACACAAGUCAACAUGACUUCAACGCCACUUGACACCACCUCACCACAAAUCAACACAACUAUAAUAUCACCUAACCCAACCUCGCCAACUGAAGUAACUUCAGCACCAUCAACAGCACAAGUCAACGUCACUUCAACGCCACUUGCCACAACUUCACCACAAAUCAACAUGACCUCAACACCUCUCAACCCAACCUCGCCAACUGAUGUGACCUCAGCACAGUCCACACCAACAACACAAGUCAACAUGACUUCAACACCAGUUGGCACCACCUCACCACAAAUCAACACAACUAUAACAUCACCUAACCCAACCUCACCAACUGAAGUAACUUCAGCACCAUCAACAGCACAAGUCAACGUCACUUCAACGCCAUUUGCCACAACUUCACCACAAAUCAACAUGACCUCAACACCUCUCAACCCAACCUCGACAACUGAUGUGACCUCAGCACAGUCCACACCAACAACACAAGUCAACAUGACUUCAACACCAGUUGGCACCACCUCACCACAAAUCAACACAACUAUAACAUCACCUGACCCAACCUCACCAACUGAAGUAACUUCAGCACCAUCAACAGCACAAGUCAACGUCACUUCAACGCCACUUGCCACAACUUCACCACAAAUCAACAUGACCUCAUCACCUCUCAACCCAACCUCGCCAACUGAUGUGACCUCAGCACGGUCCACACCAACAACACAAGUCAACGUGACUUCAACACCACUUGGCACCACCUCACCACAAAUCAACACAACUAUAACAUCACCUGACCCAACCUCACCAACUGAAGUAACUUCAGCACCAUCAACAGCACGAGUCAACGUCACUUCAACGCCACUUGCCACAACUUCACCACAAAUCAACACAACUAUAACAUCACCUAACCCAACCUCACCAACUGAAGUAACUUCAGCACCAUCAACAGCACAAGUCAACGUCACUUCAACGCCACUUGCCACAACUUCACCACAAAUCAACAUGACCUCAACACCUCUCAACCCAACCUCGCCAACUGAUGUGACCUCAGCACAGUCCACACCAACAACACAAGUCAACAUGACUUCAACACCAGUUGGCACCACCUCACCACAAAUCAACACAACUAUAACAUCACCUAACCCAACCUCGCCAACUGAAGUAACUUCAGCACCAUCAACAGCACAAGUCAACGUCACUUCAACGCCACUUGCCACAACUUCACCACAAAUCAACACAACUAUAACAUCACCUAACCCAACCUCACCAACUGAAGUAACUUCAGCACCAUCAACAGCACAAGUCAACGUCACUUCAACGCCACUUGCCACAACUUCACCACAAAUCAACAUGACUUCAACACCUCUCAACCCAACCUCGCCAACUGAUGUGACCUCAGCACAGUCCACACCAACAACACAAGUCAACAUGACUUCAACACCAGUUGGCACCACCUCACCACAAAUCAACACAACUAUAACAUCACCUGACCCAACCUCGCCAACUGAAGUAACUUCAGCACCAUCAACAGCACAAGUCAACGUCACUUCAACGCCACUUGCCACAACUUCACCACAAAUCAACAUGACCUCAACACCUCUCAACCCAACCUCGCCAACUGAUGUGACCUCAGCACAGUCCACACCAACAACACAAGUCAACAUGACUUCAACACCACUUGGCACCACCUCACCACAAAUCAACACAACUAUAACAUCACCUAACCCAACCUCACCAACUGAAGUAACUUCAGCACCAUCAACAGCACAAGUCAACGUCACUUCAACGCCACUUGCCAAAACUUCACCACAAAUCAACAUGACCUCAACACCUCUCAACCCAACCUCGACAACUGAUGUGACCUCAGCACAGUCCACACCAACAACACAAGUCAACAUGACUUCAACACCAGUUGGCACCACCUCACCACAAAUCAACACAACUAUAACAUCACCUAACCCAACCUCGCCAACUGAAAUAACUUCAGCACCAUCAACAGCACAAGUCAACGUCACUUCAACACCACUUGCCACAACUUCACCACAAAUCAACAUGACCUCAACACCUCUCAACCCAACCUCGCCAACUGAUGUGACCUCAGCACGGUCCACACCAACAACACAAGUCAACAUGACUUCAACACCAGUUGGCACCACCUCACCACAAAUCAACACAACUAUAACAUCACCUGACCCAACCUCACCAACUGAAGUAACUUCAGCACCAUCAACAGCACAAGUCAACGUCACUUCAACGCCAUUUGCCACAACUUCACCACAAAUCAACAUGACCUCAACACCUCUCAACCCAACCUCGCCAACUGAUGUGACCUCAGCACGGUCCACACCAACAACACAAGUCAACGUGACUUCAACACCACUUGGCACCACUUCACCACAAAUCAACACAACUAUAACAUCACCUAACCCAACCUCACCAACUGAAGUAACUUCAGCACCAUCCACAUCAACAGCUGCAACUUCAACAGAUGCCCCGCAAACACAACCUCAAAUUAACUUGGAAUUUAAGCUGCAGAGUAACUUUACAUCAGAACUUCUAAACUCAUCCUCACCAGAGUUUAAAACAUUAGCAACCAAAGUGACCAGAGUGCUCAAUGAAGUCUAUUUAAAGCUAUUUGGAUCUCGCCUCAAGAAAGCAGUCGUCAGAGGUUUCAGACAAGGAUCCAUUUUAGUUGAUGCUGCCCUGACGUUCAGCAAUGACAGCGUGUUACCAAAUGUUACUACUGUUAUUCAAGCUCUAAAAGAGGCUGCUCAAAGCUCAAAUUUUUCUCUCCCAAUCAACGUAUCAUCUAUUACAGCAACAGAAAUCCACACGACUUCAACAACUCUCAACCCAACCUCACCAACCUCAAUGUCAGCAUCUUCAACACUGAAUCCAAGUACCUCACCAGGCUCUGAUACAACUGCAGCUUCUCCCGUGUCUCCAAAUACAACACCUAUAUUACCCACUACAAUCCCCAGCACUGCAGCCACAGAUCCUCCUACGCAGACAGAAGGAACCCUUGGCCUUAAAUUUAGUCUCAACCAAACUUUUACAACGGAUCUGUCAAACCCAAGCUCAACAGGUUUUCAGACUUUAGCUCAAAAAGUGAUCACAGAGAUAAACAGACUAGUUAGACAGAUCUCUGCGUCCUUCCUUCGCUCCAGGAUUAACUCCUUUACGAAUGGAUCUGUAGUUGUCAACAUGACUCUUGUGUUUCAAAAUAAAACCUUAGUUCCAUCACUAGCCAGUGCAACUGCAGAUUUGUUAAGAAUACUCAGCUCAACCACACUGGAUAUUAUACCGGGCACUAUAUUUGUAUCAUCAUCAACAACCAGUCUUCAGUCUGCAAUGAGCAUAUGGGCACUAAUGCUGAUGAUUAUGGCCCAAAUCCUGAUCAACAUGUAGCCAGCACUCAAGCCAGCUGCAGGGACUUCACUAACAGUCUGUAAUGUGCAAUAAAAGCUUGAAAAACAGUAUGUACCAACAAACAAAAAAGCAAAAGAUAAAAGAAGUGUGCAUUAUGAAAUUUACCAAGACAAAGUAAUUUAAUUCAAAAGAUGCAUGCUGUGUGUAAAAGAUUGAACAGGUUCAUGGUGUUUGCCAAAACAUUAAAAAUAUUUGAUACAUUUUGAUACAUGUAUUAGCAGUUGUCACUAAGUACCACAUUUGUUCGUUAGAACAUUUGUUUUUAUUGCUAUUGUGGCAUUUAAAGCAAAAAAUUAAUUUAUUUAUACUAGGUAUUGUACAUUAUGCAAGACACAAUUUAAUAUCCAAACAUAUUGUGGAGUUAAAGAGUGAAAAGGAAGAUGCAAGCAGUUAAUGUAGAGCAAUGCUAGAAGUUAAAAGAGUUAAGCUGAAAUGAUCUUGAUCCUGCCAACUGAUUCUGUUAGAGUCAAAUUGUCCAGUAUCAGGUGAAUAGUUUGGAACGUGGAUUUUAAAUGAGCUUCUGGAUACUAAUUUAACAAAAUAUCCACAUACUGCUGUCAUAAUUAUAAGAUGAUUCUUUUUGCUUUUAUUGAUUGAUCAAUCAAUUGAUGAACAGCUUCAUCUGAAUACUUGUUCUUCCUGUAUGUCUCUGAAAAUGAGAUUAAUAAAACUCUAUGCUGUAUACUUUUGGGGAUUCUUUAACACCCUCUCUUUUCCCUUUUUUUUUGUUUUUGUUUUUGUUAUUUUUUGUUUUGUUUUUUCCCCUUUAA